AUGGCUUCCACAACGCCCACGACUACGCCCUCGUACCGACGCACACGCAGCAAAUCACCUCGAUCACGUCCGACUACACCCCUCCGCGCUUCUUCGCGCUCUUCUUUGCGCGACUCAUCCCAGCGCGGUCGCGCUGCUUCUGUGUCCGGCAACGCACUAGAGGGGCUGCAAGAUGGGUUUGCUGAGUUGAGCGACGCAAUGGCGGAUCUUGAACAAAACUUCCUGCAAUUGCAACUGAUGCACGAAAGUCUGGCACGCUUCUCAGAGAGUUUUGCAGGCUUUCUAUACGGAAUGAACAUGAACGCUUUCUGCGUAGACUUUCCUGAGGCUCCUGUUCAAGAAUCAUUCAAGCGACCACAGAACCAGCCUGAUCAGGGUGCUGCAAACCUAAAUCGCUCCCAAGGCCCUGAAGACAUGGAAGCCACAUUUUUGACGACCGACACUUCCUUCGUCGACAACCCACCGAGCAGCAAAAUUGCUUCCAAAUUCCAGAAUCCGCAAACGCCGGCACCAGCUGCAAAAACAUCAGGUGUGCCUAGAGGAAGAGGGGGAAUACCGCGAGCAGGGGGGCGCGGCGGUAUACCCACGCGCGGGGGUGCUCCCAGAGCAGCCAGGGGCGGCACAGGCAUAGCAAGAGGGAUUGCUGGACGGGGUCGCGGAGCACGUUGA